AUGGCACUGAUUGACGAUGUUCCCUACAUUGCACUUCAAACUCGACUAGUAGAACUAGUAUCCUACAAGCGUGAUCAUCUUGUCACGACUGAAGUGACCGGCAAGACCUUUGGCGUGACACUCCAAAGUGAGGAAGUCUCGGAGAGAAGUGCGGGGUAUGCACAAUCUAUUCUUAAAGAAUAGAUAUCCAUAUGUCAAAAGUUAGUCUGGGUGCUUGUGUGUCGUCCCAAGCUCAAGGCCAUAGUUGGGGGAAUCUACAUAUGAGUCCUUUAAGGACUCAAAUCUGGUAACCUGCACCUUCACCAAAUUGAGAAGGUGGGUUCGGCAACUCAAGGCAUCAGCAAUCACAAUAUCAAUGCCCUUCUUGUGCCGAAUGACGAAUGUGUAGUCUUGAAGAUACUUGACGUGACUCAGUCGUUGUAUAUUAAAUCACGCAAAUAUAAAAUUUAUAAAACUAGAAAAUACGAAUUUUCAAAUAUUUAGAAGUAUUUCAAAAUAAAUAUAUCAAUUAUAAUUCAAUAAAAAUCCCAAAAAUAGUGGUAAUUUUCCAGAUCGAUCACAGGGAUGUAAUAUAAUAUCUGGUAAUUAUUCAGAAUUUUUCUCAAUGAGUAUGAUUUUCUUACGAAUUUUAUACUAGGAAAUAAAAAGGAAAUAUAUUUAAAAUUCACAAAAAAAGAGGAAAUAAGGGUGCGGACGUCAGAAUGAUGUCAGCGCCCGGCGAACGCGAAUCAGGCGGAAAUAGAGUUCCGCCCGGCGAUUCUUACGUAGGCGAUUACAGACGACUCAAUUAAUCAAAUUAAGAUCUGUAAAAGCCGGAAGAAUCGUAGUUGAACGAAGUAUAGUUUGGUAAAUAAAAAUCAACAAAGUAUCACUAAAUGAAGCGUAAAUUAAAUUGAAAGCAGGAAAACAGAAUUCCGGCGUCGCGACGGCGACGCGUCGGCGAUGCACCGGAAUCCUGAGCGUUCGGGAGGAUCGUCGUGCAGUGUCCACGGCCUCGAAGGCUCUCCUUGGACAAAGACGACGUGGGCAAUCUCUAGAUAAAGCAGGAAAACAGAGUUCCAGCGUCGCGACGGCGACGCGUCGGCGAUGCACCGGAAUCCUGAGCGUUCGGGAGGGUCGUCAUGCAGUGUCCACGGCCUCAAAGGCUCUCCUUGGACAAAGACGACGUGGGCAAUCUCUAGAUAAAGCAGGAAAACAGAGUUCCGGCGUCGCGACGGCGACGCAUCGGCGAUGCACCGGAAUCCUGAGCGUUCGGGAGGGUCGUCGUGCAGUGUCCACGGCCUCGAAGGCUCUCCUUGGACAAAGACGACGUGGGCAAUCUUUAGAUCUUCUCGCGAAGUCUAGAGACCAAUGAAGUGGGUUGUCAAAUCGUCUCCGGCGGCUGUCACCCGGCGGAGCGGAAAAACGGCGACUUUGCGGCUCUCCGGCGGCUGUCACCCGACAGAGAGGGGCUGGAUGGAGGUGAGGCGUGUGUUAGGGAGCUUCAUCCUCAGGUCCGCGCAGCAAGAGGAGGCUCUUCAUCGCAUCUGGUACGCUCUCAGGAGGUGGCGACUGGUCUCCCGGCGGAUCGUCCUCUUCCCGACGACGGCUUGUUCGUCGAUCAAUCGGAGAUGA